GAUAAAAUGGCAAAUAUUGUACGUGUAAUCCUGCCUCUCAUUUGGAUUCUCUGUGUUUUUACAGGCUGCUUCAGCGAAAAUUAUUGCCCAAAGGGUGCAAAAAUUGACCGUGAUGGUUUGCGCUGUUACUGGAUGCCCAUAUUUACGUCCUCGUGGCUAGAAGCAAGAGGCGUCUGUCAAAGAGAUGAGAGAGGAGACCUUGCUACAGUGGACAGUGUGAAUGUUCAGACCUUCAUACAAAAUUCAUUUCAACUAGAAGCUCCAGUUGGGGUUUGGUUGAGUAAUGGAUUGGAACGAGGUCGGUUUGAUGAUUUAGAUACUGAAGACAGUGAGAUGAAGGAAUGUACCACAAUGGAUCUGGCCUCUGGACAAUGGACGAAUGAACAAUGUGAUAAGGGAAAUUUCAUUAUCUGUGAGAAAGAGAUAUCAGUGUCUUUGCCAUCGCUGGGAAGCUACGUGACAGGUGUGCCACUAAUGUCAGGAAUAUACACAGUGUCCCAGAUACAACUGCUACCCUCUCCACCAGACCCAGGAUCACACAUGGUUGAGAUUAUGUUGUUCCCAGGUCUUUGGUUCACCCAUGAAGGUCGAGUGCUAUCUUUGGAUUUGUUGAUUCAGCCAAGUGAUCAGCUAACCUUUGCUAGAGUGCAAAUCUUACGGCCGUACUGCAGCCCGAAUCAUCACCUAGUACCACCAGGCUGUAGUUCUCUCCUGAACCCUUUCAGCUGCUGUUCACUGACGCCCAUGUGUAACACCACUGGUGGCUGUGUCAGUGGGCAGUACUGGUGUCACCUGCUGGAGAUCUGUCUGCCCGUCACCAGCCCGUGCAGUCCUUACCACUCCUUUAUGGGGGGGCAUGAAUUCCCUCUGCCUCCCCGAUACCCUGCGACACCACCAUUCUUCCACUUGAUGGCAGACAUGUCACUGACACUGCCAGCAAGCACUGACCUCACACACAUCAGUGUCAUAGUCCAAGACAAACAUAUCACUGUCUAUCCUGAUGACAUUCUGGCAUUGCAGCACACUAGAAGAGCUGGUGAAUUUCUACACUGUGUUGCCGGUACCAGCUCGGCCUGGCGCCAGAGUUACCUCUCCAUGCACGGGCCUGAGUGGGGGGGCUGGUUAGAGGGGACUGUGUCUGCCCAAUUGAGACAGGGCCAAUGGCUAGAUGGACUGGUCUGUGACCUACGGGUGAUUUACGAGGACACAAUGCCACACAAUGGAGUUUCACCAAUACCCAGCACCUCACAGAGCAACAAUCCUGUCACAGGGUUGCAAGUUUUGCAUCCAAAACUUGACAAGGACAACCAAAUGCAUGUUGUAGUCAAUAUCCCAGCUCUCAUUGUCAUCCAGAUCCUUUCAGGUGGAAACGCAACCAGUUCCUGGUCGGACCCUGUGUCUAAGAAUAAAGUUCCUUUUGAAUCCUCUUGCCCGGCUGAGAUGCCUGAGAUCGAAGGAGGAUGUGUUAGGGCUUCUCUUGACACGUGGUUCUCCCAUGUGUAUGUGGAGCUUUCUAGUCAAGGGGAACAUACACUAAACAUCAUGGCUUCAAACAGCUUGAACUUCCAGACUCUGAGUGUGAGAGUUGUUUCUCAUAUUCCUGUCACUGGGCUGAGCAUCCAGCCUCAGGGCUUCAGCAGAGUUCUAGUGGACAUACCACAGUUGUUUACAGCUUCAGUAGUCACUGGCACAUCAGUGAAGUAUACUUGGUUUAUUGAUGACCUGGUCCAGUUUACACACAUAGGAGAGUCUUACAGUGUGUUUUUUAAAAAACCAGCAGCAUACAAACUAAAGGUAAUGGCAAAUAACCCUGUGAGCUCUCAGUUAAUUGAGGUGAAGCUCACAGCCGAUGUAAUGACCCCAUUAGCUGACCUAGCAGUAAUUUCCCUACCAGAGGCCAUUGCUGUAAACACCUCAACUGUCUACAAAAUUCAAGUUAAAGCUGACAUUUCUAUAGGCGUUACAAUCAGAUGGGAUUUUGGUGAUAAUACUGCAUCUGUCAGUCACGCAAUUUCUGCUCCUUUAGAGAUGGAUGACAGCUAUCUUCACCGAAGUGCCAAACAUAUCUAUCUGCAAGACUCUACCAAUCAUACAUUUUCUUUUCCAGGUGACUACACAAUGAAAAUAAAGGCUUAUAACAAAUAUGACCAAAUUGAAAAGGCUGUAACCAUAAAAAUAAGGACUCCAAUAUCAAGACUGCUGGUGUCAUCAUCUCCUACUGUCUGUCAAGUCAACCACACCAUCCUCUUUGAGGUCUCGCUAUGGCCUUCUUCAUACGGAAUACUUUAUGUAUGGAAUUUUGACGAUGACUCUGAUAAAGUGAAACAACAUUCCAGUAAAGUCAGGCAUGUUUUUAAAAGGCGCACAUACAACGUCACCAUCAGUGCCAACAACUCCUUGACAGUCUUGACUAACUAUACAGCAGUGGAGGUAGCUGAGGCUGUCUCAGAUCUCCAGUUAAAUUACAAUGGCUCCAUUGAACUGAACAGCACCUUUGAAAUCAGUGGCAGAGUGUCUACAGGCACUCAUCUAAAAUGGACCUUUGAAUUUGGAGAUGGUUCGAUACUAAAAGAUCUCACUGGAAGCUCAGCCUCUCACAUUUACAAGUCUCCUGGAAAUUACACCGUUGAGGUUUCUGCUUAUAAUCGUGCAAGUAGAGAACACCGGUUAGUCAAUGUGGAAGUCUAUCGUUUACUAAUUAGCAAAAUUAUCCCAACAGGCUGCAUUUUGAGUCAAGCAGAGACUAGUUUUGAGGUGUUAGUCAAAGGCUUUAUUCCUUUUUUGACUUUUCACUGGGAUUUUGGAGAUGGCACACCAUUGUCUGUUGUUAAAGGAGCAACAACUAUCACUCAUACCUUUCUGACUUCAGGCACUUACACAGUUGUUGUAAAUGCUCACAGCCUUGUGGAUUCGGUCCAUUAUGAAACCAGCAUAUGUGUUGAGGCCCAAAUAACAGAUGUUACUCUGCAUUCAGCCAAGAGUGCUGUAGCGGUGAGUGAGGAAAUAUGCUUUGAUGUUUCUGUGCUUCCCAAAGUACCAGGUUAUCUGUUUUGGUGGUAUAACAACCUUUCUAGUGAAAUGGUUCCAGUCAAAGGCCAAUCGCACCAUUGCUUUGUUUUUCAAGAGGAGGGUUUGUAUGAAAUUUCAGUGCAGAUACAAAACAAAGUCAGCAACAGAACAGCAAAAGCAACCAUUUUAGUUCAAAGGCCUGUAUCUAAUCUAGUCAUAAAAUAUGAAGGGAACCAUGAUGCAAUGACUGUGAAUCAGUCCUAUUACUUUUGGGCUGAGCUUGCUGGUAAAACAGCUUCUUUUCAGUGGAAUUUUGGAGAUGGCUACAAAAAGGAGGGCCAAAAUCAGUCACAUGUUUUCAGUUUUCCUGGGCGGUUUCGUGUGACGGCCACCGCAUCUAAUGCUAUAAGUUCAUGUUUGGUGUCUAUAGAGAUUGAGGUGCAGGCACCUCUGUCAUCCUUAUUGGUUAACACCAAUCAGCCAAUUGUAGAGGCUGGAAAAGAGACACUGCUAAUAGCUCAGACUGAUGUUAAUGAAAAUGUUGUGUUUUACUGGACUGUAGAUUCUUUAUUACCUCCAACCUGGACAUCCACAUUUAUGUAUGUGUUUCCUAAAGCAGGGGUGUUUCGGAUUAAAGUUGCUGCACAAAAUCUUGUCAGUCGAUUAGAAAGCAUAACGGACAUUGAAGUUGUAGAGAGAAUACAUGGAGUUCGAAUUCAAUGUCAGGAACUGCGGUCUACAAGAUAUGUCCUGACAAAUCAGACUGUACUGUUGACGGCAUCAGUGACAUGUGGUUCUAACUUGACAUAUGAGUGGACUACAAACCAAAGUUGGAUUAACACAACUGCAAGUUAUAGCAAACAGUUUCCACUUGUUGCAAACAGCCCUGGUGAUAUACACAUCAGACUGGUGGUAUCCAAUGCUCUUGGAUCAGUAGAUAGUGAACUUUCACUGAGAGCAGUAGAGCGAGUGUCUGGGUUGAGUAUUUCAUCACCAAUGAAUGCUGUAGCUAAAGGAAACCCAGUGAGGAUAUCUGUGAGUGUAGCAUCUGGAUCAGACCUUCACUACUCAUGGUUCUUAGACUCUGAGCGCAGUCCUGUAAUAUCAGAUGUUUCUUUUGUUUUGCAUGUUUUUAAAGUUAUCGGUUUGGUCAAGAUCAGAGUAUCAGUCUCGAAUGUGUUCGGGUCUGACAAUGCAACCAAGCAACUAAUAAUUCAGGAAGACAUCUCGAAAGUGGAUAUUCAGAUAAAUGGACAAUUCAGACCAUUUUUCGUAAGUUCAAAUAGCCAUCUGUUAUUCCAUGGCUCUGCAGGAACAGGAAAUGUCCUACACUGGGAAUGGGUUUUAACGCUUCACAACAACAGUGUUACUGUUCUUGCUGACAAUCAAACCGUUAGCUAUUCUUUCACUGAAGUUGCAGAACACUGGAUCUCACUUAACGCUUCAAACAACAUUAGCUGGCAAAAUGUUUCAUACCCUCUUGUGGUCCAGGAUGCCAUCCAGGGACUUUUACUUACGGCAAGCAGUGAUGUUGUUUGUGAGGGCGAUAUGGUUAUUUUCUCACCCUCUAUCUCCCAAGGAAGUGAAGUUUCGUUUUCUUUGGAGUUUGUUCAUGCAAAUUAUUCCAUGGAUAUUGGGCAGAAUUUUACAACCUCUUCACUUUCAGUCGGAAAACAUCUGGUGAGAACAAAAGCAAAAAAUAAUGUCAGUUCCCAAACUGCAACAGUUAUCGUGAGAGUCGUGGAAAGAAUUAAAGGUCUGCAUUUGAUCGGAUGUUGCUCUGCUGUCCUAGAGGCAUCCAAAAACAUAAGUUUUCAAGCAUCCAGUGACUCACAAGCCAAUUACCACUGGACUUUCCUAUUAAAUGGAGUUCAGUCCUCUUGGGAAUUUGGGCAAAAUGUUCACUUCACACCUUUUACUAAUGGAUCCCUGUCUGUUACAGUGAAAGCUGAUAAUGGCUUUUGCUCACAGUCCCUGACCAGUACAGCAACAAUACAGAAGAAUGUGAAGAAAGUGGAGAUUUUUACCUCCCAUGAUGGAGCUUUUAUUGAUUAUCCGAUCACUUUUGAAGCCAUGACAGAUGGAGGCAGCAACCUUAAAUUCAUCUGGGAUUUCGUUGAUGCCAAUGAUGGAGCCCUGGUUACAGAAUCCAAUAGACAAGUCCACAAAUUUAAUACUACUGGUGAGUUUGUGGUGAAAUUAACAGUUUUCAACAACAUAAGUGAGAUCUCUACUCAAAAGUCAAUUAAAGUACAAGAGCUGGAGUGUACCCAGCCACUAAUUUACAUUGUAAAAGAACAAUAUAAAAUAUUAAAAUCCAGACAGAGUUUCUUUGAAGCACGAGUGGACUUUAAUGGUUGCUUUACAUACAAAGCAUCAUAUUUCUGGGAGAUCUUCAGGGGACAAGAUUGCUCAGGAAUAGACAAGGUGGCCUUAAAUGAUUCAGUGGAUGUUACAACACCUCUUCUUUCUCUGCCAAAGCACACACUAAAAGUGGGAAACUACUGUCUGGCAUUUACUGCUAGACUUCAGGGAACUCCUCUAAAGCAGAAUCGGUCCAUAAAGCUUAACGUGGUCCACAGUCAGCUGGUGCCCGUGAUUAAAGGUGGUUCUCACAGGUUCUGGUCAACUCAUUAUGAUCUGAUACUGGAUGCAAUGGAGUCUUUUGAUCCAGAUUCAGAGGAGAAUAAUAUGGAGUUGUUUCAGUUCCAGUGGAGUUACACUAUAGAGAACACAACAGCAAUGUCUUCAGCCGUUUCCACCCUUCACUAUCAUAUUCCAGUAAAUGGUAGUAUGCUGUUUCUUCCCAGAAGUGCACUUCUGCCAGACAGAGUGUACCACUUUACUCUCAACCUUUACAAAAAUGGAAGACAACCUGUCUCUAUAUCACAGUCGGUUAAAGUCUAUAAUGUUGCGUUGCUGCCCGUGACUGUAAAGUGUGUCUCAUGUAAUUCACCGUUGUCAUACACGAGUCACAGGCUCCAUGUUGCCUUGACUGGCCAUUGUUCUUCAUGUCAAGACACUGUACAGUACAGGUGGACUGCAGAGAAUCAGAGAGGUGAAACUUUAACACUGAAUGAGGUCACUACCUCGAAAGGAAGUCUCUGGAGAGAAAUAGUCAUUAAACCAGGGGUGCUAAUGGAGAGCCAAGAAUACACCUUUACUGUCAACGUGUCUGAGCCAGCCUCUGGGCUUUGGGGGUCGGCAAGCAUCACCUUAGUCCCCAACCAUCCUCCCUACGGGGGUAUUUGCACUCUGUCACCAGACGGCUCGCUUAAUUUCCUGGAAACUAUGGUCUCUUACAGUUGCUCAGGGUGGAUGGAUGAUGACGGUGACUCAGCUCAGCUGAUAUUUUCGCUGCAGGUGGCACAGUGUGAAGAUUUUGGACCAUUAUGUCCCUUGAUUUCCCUUUACAGAGGCACUCAGAGUACGUUCGCCUCCAUGGUGCCGCUGGGUAGUCCGAAUACAGUGGAAAACAUAUCUGUUGUUCACAUGCUGGUGCUGGUAGAGGACAGUAUGGGGGCUUCAGUCAUUGCAGCAAGGAAGAACCUGACAGUGAUGCUGUGUGACCACUGCACAAUGGAGUGGUUGAGGAAUAAGAGUCAAUCAGAGUUUUGGGCCUUGCUUCAACAAGGAAAUCCUCAGGACAUUAUCCAAUAUUCUAUUGCCUUGACCAGCCAACUCAACCAGCUAGCAUCCGUCAGUGCUCAAGAGUUGGAGGACAAGAUUCAGAUCCGUGGAAAUGUGAUUCAGGCUCUGGCGUCUCUGCCGGUCUCCUCAUUACAGGAUGCGGCUCUGAUCAGCUCAGCUUUAGCCCAGUCUACAGUGUUUCCAUCUGAAUGGCAGUGCAACGGCUGCCAUGCAAAGGUUCUGAAGGCCACAGAGAAGAUGAUUAAAGUGAUAAGAGAACAAACAGGAGCGGGUGACAUCAACCCCACAGACAGCGGCAGGAACAUUCUGGCUGUUUUAAGCAGCACACUGACUGCUGAUCAGAGGCAGAGAACCAAUUCAGGCCUCAAGCAUGUGGAUACAUCAGAGACAGCUGUAUCAGCACUGGAGCAGAUUUUAGAGCUCAUGCGCUCAUUAAUGUUGUCGCGGAUGAGUGGGGAAGAAGUUCUGUCCCUCGCCGUUCCAAAGAUCAGUGUGGUGGGCGUACGGGGUGAUCCUACUAAAGACCUUCUGUGCACAGAUCCUCAAAGCCACUGCCAGUUUCACAUCCCAUCAGCGCUGAGCUCUCAACUGAAGGAGGAAAAGCAAGAGGUCCUGCAAAUCCUUCUGGAAAUGGAGGGUGAAGAAAAUCCAUUCAUUCCAGCUGCAGAACCUCCUAUUACGACUACGCUCGCAGCCAUGGAGUUUGCUACGUCACAGGGGAAGGCCAUUUCGAUCGCCAACCUGACACAAGACACUGCGAUACAAUUUACUUUACACAAAAAAGUACAAGACACAGAAGAUGAGAGGUUACAAUGGAAAAAUUUUACUCUGCCAUCCAAGGGAAGUGUACAUUUCACAGUCAAAGCAAUGGAUACAGAUCCUCAGACUGGACUCUAUGUUGCCCUAAACUUCAGUCUCAUCCCAGGAGCUGGCAAGAAAGUCUCUGGACAAGUAAGGAUCUAUGUAGACGACCAACCAGUUCAUCAACUGUCUGAACAAACUCUUUUCCAAAAACUCACCCUCUCUCUUUCAACUGAAACUCCAUCACUGGAGCACACCAUCUUCCUUACACCACUCUUGAAUGGCUCUGCCAAAGACCUGUUUGUGAGGCUGAACAGUAGCACCAGCAGUGUGGAUGACAUGUCCGUCUCAGUGUGUGUGUUCAGCAUGAUGUGCCGGUUCUUCAGUGUUGAUGAGAAGCGCUGGAGCAGUGAUGGCUUGAGUCCUCUGAACGGCAGCAGCCCACACACUGCCCACUGCCUCACCCAUCACCUCACGAUGUUUGGAGCCAGCCUCUUCAUCCACCCUGAGGCACUUCUACUGCUGCCACCUUCAGAAGAGCCGGUGAGAAACGCUGUGGCGGGAAUAGUUUGUGGAGUCUUACUGUUAAUUCAUCUGCUGGUUGGUCUUAUCGCUCACAAACUGGAUCACCUGGAAAGUCAGCGUCUGUGUUGGGUUCCUCUGUGUGGUCAGAAAGGUCGCUACUCCUACCGGGUUCUUGUCAAAACAGGCUGGAAAAGAGGGUCUGGUACCACUGCACAUGUUGGCAUUAGCCUGUAUGGUCUGAAUAAAAGUGGCUCACGUCACCUUCAAAGUGAAGGAGCUUUCCAGAGGAACAGCCUGGAUGACUUCCAAAUUGAAACAGAUGCCAAUCUCGGAGAGAUCUGGAAAAUACGCAUCUGGCAUGACAACACAGGUCUAGACCCAUCCUGGUACUUACAACAUGUGGUAGUCUGGGACAUACAGACAGACAACAUGUUCUUCUUCCUGGUAGAAGACUGGCUAUCUGUGGAGAAUGAGAAGAACUCUGGAAGGGUGGAGAAAGUGAUUUUAGCAUCUUGUCCACAGGAGCUGCAGGAGUUUAAGAGGAUCCUAUAUAACCAGUUACUUUUUGGCCUUCGAGAGCACCAUCUGUGGAUUUCAUUAUGGGAACGGCCGGCCCACAGCCGCUUUAGCCGAGCCCAGAGGGUCACCUGCUGCGCCCUCUUAUUACAUCUCUAUCUGGCAGCUGGGGCAGUGUGGUAUGGGGCAGUGGGCAAAAAGGGCAGCAGCGUUCCAGUUUCAACCCAGAUGGUGAUGAAUGGAGAGACCAUACUGGUUGGAAUGACAGUUGCAGCUUUGACCUUUCCCCUCCAAAUCAUUCUCAGAUUUCUGUUCCAAAAAACCCAGAGCAAGGUGACAUUGGAUGUCUCUCUGCCUCCCUCUCCUGCGUGUCAUACCGUGGAGAUGGAUGUUUUCUUCAGUCACCCAGGUCUCUCCUGCUCAUCUUUUCUGUCAUUGCCAACAGGCCCUGACUCUUCCAUAUACGAUGGACUGUCUCCUUUUACCAACUCACUGCAGAACAAAAAACUAGAUGCAGAGUUUUGGGAUACUCCCAAUCCUGGGGAUGACCGAGUGGAUCAAUGGACAUCAUGUGACAGUAUCUUUGGCCUGCCUGAACUGACAGGAACUACUCACCUUUUUAAGAGAAAAAAAGCCUUUCUACAUCUACAUUUGUCGACUCCAACAUCGGACCACAACAUUUUAGAACCAACCAAGUCUUCAGAGGAAGAUCUAAUGACUAUAUCUGCAGACCUGGACCCCACGAACACACUUUCCUCAGGGCCAGAAGCAUCUGACAGUGGUCAUUUGACACCCAACGAGACCUCCCUGUCUGACAUCCAGGACAGCUUGUGUAGUGAGUGGUCUGAUCUGAAUAUGGAGACGCCCACACAUGAACCUGUCUUUCACAAGUCCUCCUCCUCACUCUCAGUGCUCAGUGAGGCCAGCACAUUUCUCCCUAGCCUCCCACCCGACUCUAUUAGCACCAUCUCCAACACACGCAUUGGUGUUGUUCGUGGUGUACCUGGCUUGAAUCUUCCAUCGUGGGUUGUGCGUGUGCUUCACUUGCUGGUGGCCAUUCUGCUGGGAGCAUGCCUGGCUCUGGUGGGAUUGUAUGGGAGCAUGUUUUCCAGCACUGUGGUUCUCAUGUGGCUGGUUUCUGCCCUGUCAGCUUUCCUCACUUCUGCCUUGCUGUUGGAACCAUUUACAAUAUGUAUUCAGGCACUAUAUCUGGCUGCUGUGGUGAGACCAGUAGACCCAGAGGUGGAGGAGCGUUUGGCUCAGGAGACAGAGGUCAGAAGGACAGAAGAGCAUCUGGAGGAUAAGGUUCAUCCUCCCUGUGGAUACGGCUUGCUGCAGGCUAAAGAGGAAGCAUGGAAGCUGAGAAAGCUUAGAGCCUUAAUGAGGAGCUGCUUGGUCUAUACGUUCUUCCUGUUGGUGGUUCUGAUGGUGAACUACCAGGAACAUGUGCAGGAGGCUAACAGCAGACUGCUUCAAUCAGCUAUAAAACACACGCUGAUCUCAGCUUCACCAGGGCAGCCGAGUCUCACUGCAUUAUCAGGAUGGAUGAAUGCAGAACAGUGGAUAGAUGAGAGAUUGAUUUCACACCUACAUGAAAACCCUUCUCUUUCUCUGUCUGGCCCUGCAAGACUGCAGAAAAUUCAUUUUCAAGACGUCUGCAGUCAAAACAUCAGAGAUCAGUUCCACUCUGGUCGACUUCCUUUGAUUCUGAAUGCUCAUGUUUCAUCACAUACAAACCCUGGACACCAGAGCUCCUCAGCACACAGCAACAUCACUCCAGCACUUUCAACGGGGCUAAGGAGUGCAUCAUGUGCAUUCAGUCAGACAGAGGAAGUAAUGCUUGGGAACAACAGUGAAUCCACACAUCAGAUCCUGUUGGACCUACAGACAGCAAACUGGUUGACAACACGGACACAGGCAGUGUUGAUCGAGUUCACUCAGUAUCAUAAACAGACGGGCAUCUUGGCACCAGUUUCUGUUCUCCUGGAUCAAACACACACAGGCAGAAUCCUGGCUUUCAUCUCUAUCCAGCCUUUUCACAUCUCUCCAAUAUCUGGUCCAGACUUACACGUCACAUUGACGAUUGUGCUUUUGCUGUUCGCCCUGUGCUUUGUGAGUGCUGAAGUAUGGGCCUUGAUCAUGAAGCCAAGUCAAUACCUGAGGCAAGCCUGGUGCUGGUUUCAGCCAUUGUUAGCUCUUCUGACACUAGCAGCAGCUGUUCUUCGUUUGUAUUUCCUCUACACGACUGAAGUCUGCGUCUCCAGACAUCGCUCCCGGCCCACAUCCUUUGCUGACUUUCACAGUGCUGCCAUACUGGCCAGGAAAUCCAAUCAGCUCUCAGCAAUCUUAUUAACCAUCUUGGUUCUAAAGAUGGUGGGGAUCCUGCGGUUUGUUAGGCGAUGGAUGGUGAUAGGACGAGUUAUUCGACAGGUAUUCCCUCAGAUUUGUGGCGUGGUGUUUCUGCUGCUCCUCCUGUUGCUUCUUUUCUCUCACACAGGCAUCAUGCUCUUCUCGGGUACAGUGGAGGGCUUUAGGACCUUUGGGCAGGCGAGUUCCUCUCUGCUCUGUUUGUUAAAGGGGAACAUGGGGUUACGUCGACUUUGUGAGCAUCAUCCAGUGGUGGGACCCCUCUACUGCCUGUCUGCUGUAGGCAUUGGAUUCUGGGUACUGGGGCGUCUAUGUGCAGCUGUAUUGAUUCGAACCUACCGAAUGGUACAGACGGACAUUUACCGACCAUCCAUGGAGCCGCAGGACUAUGAGAUGGUACAGUUUCUCAUUAAACGACUCAAGCUCUGGAUGGGGCUCAGCAAGACCAAAGAGUUUAGACACAAAGUCAAAUUUGAGGGAAUGGUUCCUCCACCCUCCAGAUCCUCCCAGGGCUCCGCAGCCUCCAACUGCUCGGUCCCGCUCAGUCCCAUCGGGCCCCGCCAGGCAUCCUCUGCCUCCUCUUUGGCCUCCGAUUCAUCUAUAAUUUCAGACAGUUUUGACUUUCACCAUUAUGUGGACCGUCUGGUGCCAUGUGUUGACAGCCUUCUGGCAGGUUUCGACCGCGUCAACCAGCUGACCGAAGAAGUGUAUAACUUUGAGCUCCAACUUCAGCAGAUCCAGAGCAGAAUCUCCCAGAGAAGAAAGCAGGCGCAGCAGGUGACCCUUGAGGGACAUGAUCCAAAACCUAAUCCGCCAGCACUCCCUCGAAAUCAAUCUACCUCUGUUUUGGAAAGUGACCCCACUCCAGGUUCUGUCCGAGGUGUCAUUAAUACCCUUCCACGACGCCGUGCUACACACUCAGAGUCCUCCCUGAUGGGGUCUGCUGCUCAGUCAGGUAACAGACUUUCUUCACUGGAUGGAGGAAUGAACAGUCCAAACCUAAGGAAAUUGGGCGUCCCAAGACGCAGAGCAUGGAAUUCAGUCACCUGCCAUUCUGCUGACACCGCUCAGAGGUUGCCUGCAUCUCGCAGCACUGUGGCCUUGCCUGCGAGACCCCGGAGUGAAGACGGAGACCGAGAGCGGGUAUGUGACGGCCUGCCGAUUAAGAGACAGGCAUGGCACACUGAAUAAGUGGAUCAAUUGUCACGACAUUAAAGGAGCCGUAUGUAAGAUUGUGGCCAAAACUGGUACUGCAAUCACUUUCAAAUUACUGUAGAGCCGUGUAUCCCCUUCCUUUUUUAUCCGACAUGUUUGUAGCUGCAGCUGUGGUAACUAGAGAAGAGCUGGCAACCCGGAUGCUGCAACACUACUGACUUUGUGAUUGGUAGA